AUGGUCCUGGACAUUUGUCCAGAGCUCUACGUUGGUGGUGACGAGAACCUCCUCUGGCAACCUGAGAAGGAGGAGACACAGCGGCGGCGCUGGUUGGCGCCGAAGGAGGCGCCAACGCCCGUUACAGCCAAGGAGCGCGAGGUGCCCAAGGCCGUCGCAGCCACGACCGUCGCGCCAGCCGCCUUAAGCUCGGCUCCGUACUCCUACGUCCUCAGCCACGCCCCAGGACAUGAGCUUUCCAGGACGUAUGCAGCUCGCAGUGUCGCAGGCUGCCAAGUUCCAACACAAGCUAAGCGGCUUUCCGUGCCACACCAAGACGAUCCCAAAGCCCGCAGUGAAGAUGGUUGCAAGCACCGCUACAUCGAUUUUCGACCGGAGCUGUUGCCCAGCAUUCCAGCACACAACCCAACAUGCAGCCGUGCACAUGAAGGGAGCGGACUCCCUUCAUGUGCACGGCUGGAUGUUGGGUUGUCUGCGGGAAUGCUGGGCAACAGCUCCGGUCGAGAAUCGAUGCAGCGGUGCUUGCAACUCCCUUCAUGUGCACGGCUGGAUGUUGGGUUGUCUGCGCGAAUGCUGGGCAACAGGAGAAAUGGCGCCAUGGCAGUGUCACCGAAGAACAGCCCGGACUUCAACCGACCUGCGCCGGACUCAGAGCAGGUGGGGACCGAAGCUCCGGAGCCAAGCGCUCACAGAUCCGUGGCAUCUCGGCGUCUAGUGAAGUUUCACUGUUGCAUUGCUCGCAAUCUUCUGGUCGAUGGCCAGACCUGUUUUCCAGCGGAGGCGAACGCGAAGCUGCCCACAAAAAGCUCAGCUGCAAGGUAG